UGAAGCAACACUCUUUUAGAAACGUCAAAAAAAUCCAAAAAAGCCGCAAAGGCGACAUUAGUUUUAAUUUAUUUUUAUUGUUAUUUGUUUAAUUAUUGUUAUAAUCAAUUUAGGAAGUGUACUACAACCAUAAUUUUAUCUAGUCCUAGACAUUAUCUAUAUUAAUUCAUCCGCAACCAAAAGCGUUGACUUUAUUGUGCCAUAAAAAUGUUGAUUGACGAUCCUUUGUUUUGAAAAUUGUUGGUUUUCGUCAUUUUCUAUUGGAAUACAACUUGGAAACUACUUAUAAAUGCCCAUUUUAGUGCGUAUUUUGAAAGGACAGUGUCCUAAAUCCACUCAUUUGCAUUAUAUUUACGCGUUUUCUCGUUUCAUUCUCGUUCUAUUUCGCAACCAUACUGCUUCGUCGGUUCGCUUCGGAUAUGGAUGUAUUGCCUAAUAAUCAUCGUGAAAACCGCCAACAGACGGUAAACAUCAGGAAAGCCUAUUUAAAUAUCCAAUAAAUAGUAAUAUCUCUGUAAAAUGUCCAAAAUUGAGAAUAGUCAAGGUAUUUGGUCAGUUACAAAUGAGAAUAUCGAUUCUAAAUACGAAAAAUGUCGUAACAUUACCGAAGAGAUAUACAAGAGGAUAAAUAUAACGUUUGAAAUAAAAAAACUGGAGACUGAAGUCCAAAGUGAUGUGUCUGAACACAGCGACCAGAUAGAUAGCAACGAACUGAGCAACGAAACAGACUUGUUUGCGUGUGACAAGAGCGACAGCAUAUCUAGCAGCACGGAGGCGGAGAAACCGUCGGCGACCUGCGAGAAGUACAUCAACAUCAAUAACAACGAGGAGACCAGUAAGAAAGCAAUUGUCGUCUGCAAGAGGCCAAGGAAAAGGUUCAGGAAACGCGUGAAGAAAUGCCAGCAGAAACCGGCACGGAGUGAAUCGGACGGGUCCAGUGAUGAGGCGCUCCCGCUGAGCAGGAUGCUCGACGUGGACACCAAGAGUGCUGAUGAGUGCAAGAGCGAGUCGCCCGACAACGUCAUGGGUGUACCGAAAAUUGUUAUCAUUACUAAAGAUUUGAAACCAAAAAUUCAGAAAUCCAACAUUUCCACUAAACUGAACUCCUCUCCAAACACCAAAGAAGCGGAGUCUGUAAAUGAAGAUCAGAUCAAAACCCCCAUAGACACGGAUAGUUCAAUAGACAUUUCAAAGACCAUAGACAAGGGAGGGAUGGAAACUAGCAAAGACAAAGUGUCAGAGUGGAAGCAUUGUAAUUUAUGCAGCUUGUCGUUCCGCGGUGAGCGAGGACUGAGACGCCACCUGACAAUGUCACACAUUUUAAGCCCAGAAAAUUUGGACAGCAACAAACCGGAGCAACGACACUCGAGACCUAUAUAAACUGGUAAUAUCAUUUUAGUCGCAUCUUGCGAAGUUUGCUUUAUACAAGAAAUCAUUUUUAUAAUGAAAAUCUUUGAUAAUUCUAUUUUAGUGCACACAAGAAUAUAUAAAAAAAAGUAAUAUAAUUUGUAUGUACCAAAUUAUACAAAUUUAUGAGAUGGCAACUCUUUUUGUAUUCCGCCAACGUCGCGGUUUGGAAAAUAAAAAUAAAUUAACAUUUCAAAUUUAAAUAUCGAAUUGUAAAUUGUUGAAGCAGUUUUCGCAAAUAAGUGAAUUUAAAGUAAGUACGUACCUACUCACUUUAAAUUCGCUUAAUAAACAACUUCUAAUCAAUAUUCGCAAGAUGACGACAUUUUUAUUUUGUUUCUGUUUAACAAAAGAGUUCUAAGAAUUAAAAAAAAAAAUAUCUCACUGGGUUCCUAUUAAUAUUCUAAAUUUAAAUUAAUUCUAAAUUGCUAAUGUGUAUACAUGAGAUGGUAAUCAUAAGAUACUUACUUGUAUACAUUUACAUCAUUCAGCUGGUAAACUUAAUAAAAUAGUCUGUGAAGGUUAUAGAAUAUAUAGGAGCUAUAAUAUACAUACUUUUUUUAUAGUUCGUAUUUAUAAUUUAAAGAAUAAUGUGUAUUGUACCAAAUCAGGAGAGACAUUUAAAAAAUUUUUUUAUUAAUCUAUGGUUUGAAAAUGGCGGGAAAAAUAUGCUGCUAUCGGAUCAAUAUAUGACAGAUUUGAUUAGGAAAUCUUAGAACUCUUUUGUAAAUAAUGAUUUAGUAUAUUUUGUUUGUUUUAAUUUAUAUUAGGUGUGUGUAUGUAAGAAAAAUGUGGCUAGUUAGUAUUGUAGGAAGAUGUGAAUGAGCUACUGUCGUGAUUCAUAACACAGAUUAACCACAGAUAAAAUAGUAUUUAUUUAUUAUUAAAUGAUUUAAAAAAUUGUGCCAAACUGGAAACUUGAGCGCUUAAUUUCUUUUUCGUCGCGACAGUAGCAUUAUUGGUUGGCAGGGUCAAAUAUCUGUGAUCGAUGGCAUAAUGUGAUUGUAGGUUAGAAUGGAACAUUUGAAUGGCUUAUCAUAGACUAAAUUGGAGGGAAAUUUAAAGUUAUGCUGUCAAAUUAUUCUAUGGUAAAGGUGUAGUACAAGAAAGUUUCGGCCGUUUUUGAGUACAAAAUUCUAUUUUAAACAAAUCUCUUUAAUAAAUUAAAAAAAAAAAGUAGUCAUCCUAUAGUUAAGGUGUUGAAAAAAAAAAUUGAAGAGCCGUCUAUGUUUAGAGGUGUUGUCGAUUUUAAAAUUUUUGUCUAUGAAUAAGUUAGGGUGUUGCAAUAAUUAAAAAAAAAAUAUGUGUUUCCUUUUUCUAUAAAUGUGGUGCUUAUUUGUUUUCUUUUAUACAGAGUAGAAUAAUCUUUUUAACAUAUAGUGAAUUAAAAUAUAAUGAGAAAGUAUUAUAUUUAUGAAUAUAAAAAAAAAAUGUAAUGAGGUCGUUUCUGAAGCUCUGUUUCUCUAAACCAAUCUCUAUUCAAGAUUCAGUUUGAUAUCACAGUGAAAACUUUAUUCUAAAGACCGAUAUGAACUAAAUAUCUAAUAUAUUUCAGUCAAAAUUAUUAUAAAUAUAGUUUAUGAUGAUCAAUUUAUAGCUUAUUAACUUUUAAAAUGUUAGUUAAUUUUAGAGUAAUAGCGUCUCAGAAACGACCCCAGGUCAUAUUUUAUCGAUUGCUCCAAAUUAGUGUUUGAAAAACACGUUCUACUUAUUUCUUUUUUUUUAUAUAUAUAUAUGGCAAUUAUAUUCAUAUAGUGAAACACUAUGGAAAAUGUAAUAUUUGGAAUUAAUAUAUUUAGAGUCCAUUCUCUAUAAAAUGCAUGGCAAUGUCCAUUUUAUAUUUAUAAAUAUAAGUACAUAUAUAUAUAUAUAUAUAUAUAUAAUUAUAUUGAAUUAAACAUUCAAUGUUUAGUUGCAAAUACAUGUUAAUUCUAAUAUUUAGGAUUACAAUUAUAAUAACUGUUCUAAGAAUUAGAAUGAACACUAUAAGCAUUAGUGUUAGACGAAAAAUCUAUUCUAUAUUUAUAUUGCGGAAGGUUCAAAGCCAUUUUACUAGUCGAAAAUUGAGAAUAGAAUGAAUUCUUAUUUUUUUUUUUAGUUUAUAUAAAAACUUAACUCCCCUAUUUAUGAAGACUAAAACUUAUAAAGCUGUUUCAAUUGUCCAUGUUUUGUCGUUGUCUUUCAAAUUUGGAAUUUAGCAUAAAAGGAAUAGACAAAACAUUUCAAUAGCUUUAUUAGCUUUUAUUUUAUUGGAUGGUUGUCGUUUUUUUUUUUAAGGAAAGAGUUAAUGUACAAACUUUUUUUACCACGACAGAUACAAGAAAGGACCUCUAUGGAUUAUUUGAUAUAAAGCCAAAUUAAAAGUCAAUUUAAUUUAUGGUCAUUAUGACAAAAAAAAAUAUAUCAGUCGAUUUUUACCUAAUGUGUAUCAUAUAUUGAAAUAAACUUGCCAUGAAACCAUUGAAAAAUAUGAUGGUCCUUCGAGCCGGAUAUCGUAGUUUAUUUCCACAAAGCUUUUCUUGUAUUUGUCAAAAUAAAAUCGAUCUGAGCUAAAGAGUAGGUACUAAAGUUUUUGUACAAAGCAUCUACUACUAUAAAUUUACCGUAUUAGUCUUAAAAACGUAAAACAUCUAAAAAAUCUAUUAAAUAGUGGGCAUGCUGUCUCUUUCUUUUGUAUUAAGAAUAACUUGAAAGAAAGAGACAAUACUAUUGAUUUAUCAGAUGUUUAACGUUUUUAUGAUAACUACGAUUAUAUUUUUAGCUUCGAUAAAUAACAGUUAAGGAUGCACAUCCGAAGGAAUUUGCAAUUUCUACAAUUCUAUAAUAAGUGUAAUUAUAAGUCACUCGUUUGUAUGUUCGCCUGCUUAUUGUCGUACAAAUGUGUAGUGGAAAUAUUUUGAAACCCGUCAACCUGCAUCCCAAACUAUUAUAGUUGAAAACUUUACCUUCCGAUAUCUAAAUCCGAUGAGAUUUAAACCUACAUUUUAUACUUACGUCUAGGUUACUUGGAAAAAACUGAAAGUUCGCCCAAAAGUCGUCUGCAUCAGUAACUAUCCCAUUCGUAUUUUUACUGCAAAACAGUUAUGUUUGCAUGUCUGUGUUUCGGUUUAAUGGGUGAUAUUUGGAGUGAUAUUAGAGGCUAUGAUGGCCUAACACAGUAUUGGGGAGGAUAAAGAAAUCUAACAGAGACACUCUAACAGAUUCAAUAACACUUGAGUCCUCAGGAAUGACAACGCAUGAGGGGUAUCAUGGGCGAAACAGUAUACUCUGUUAUGUCCAUGGUACUGCUCAUGUCUAUAGGCGACGGUUACCACUUUCCAUCAGGUGGGCCGUCAGCUUGUUUGUCAUUCUAAGUUGUAUAAAAAAAUCAGAGAAGAAAGGGAUUGUUAACAAUGGUGUUUGACAGCCCCAUUGCUAGAAAUAUGCCCUAUCAGGUAGACCUCCAUGUGGCUCUCCCUGGAAACCACCGUGAACAAUUCUUGUUAAAUUCGUCACGACGGGCUAACUGACCUGCUUCACCCUCACCUAUCAUCCUUCACUGGUGUCCCGCCAGCUCAUACCGAUAGUACAGGCAGGGUUAUCAUUUCAUUUUUAUUUGUUAAAAACACAGUAUUCGAGAAUGGAAUGUGUGAAGAAGAAAUGAUAGCCCCGCCUGCGCUACGGGCUCACUGGUGCCCCGCCAGUAUACGCUGGCGGGACACCAGUAAGAGGUAAUAGGUGAGGAUGAAUGCAGUCGGUUAGUCCAUCAUGACGAAUUCGUCAACAAUUAACCACGCUGGUUUUUAAGGAAAACUGUUAGGAUAUAUUGCCAGCAAUAUUGUUAAACCCCAUUACUAACCAUCACUUUUCCCCUGAGAUAUGGGUGUAAAUCCUAUUGGAUCGAGCUGUUUUAGAAAAUAAUUUUUUUAAACAAUUAUUUAAAUGUCUACUUACGUAGUUCUCAGUGGAACGGAAACCCAUAUUCGUGAAAAGAAAUCUGUGAAGAUUGAUGAAAAUAAAACUGUAAUAGAUCACAAUUGAUUAGAUAUAUAUAUAUAUAUAUAUACUUAUUUAUAUAAAAUUUUUUAUUUGAAACAAUCGACAAAGCAAAGUAGUACCUUAUACCGUAAAAGCUUUAUACAGUGACGCGACGAAUCUCAACUCGAAUAGGACUCAAGUUCAAGACUAGAUUGAGUUGAUAUUUUGCAUACACCUUUAAUUCUGAUGCAAAUACAAUACGCAUUACUCAAUAUUGUAAUAUUUUCAAAAUGGCCGCCGUCACAACAUGGCGGAUAGAGUAUAUUUUACAGUCAAUAUUUUCUAUUACAGACUUAUUGUCCGUAAAAUAGAAUUAUAACGCAUACAAGUACAGGACAUGUACUGUAGAUAAUUUUAUCUUUUUAUUUUGCAUCCAUACAAAAUCACAUGAAUUCGGUGACUAUAACGAUUACAUCAAUUCAUUUGUUGACCAUUUGUCAAACAGAAGCAGUAAUCUAAGACUCGUCGCGUUACAACAUCUCCUUAUUUGUUUUAUCUAUGCCUUUAAUUUUCUUAUGUAUCCCUUUAUUUUUCUUUAUCGAAUGAUCUCUAUUCGUGUCAUCUGAUCUAUGGUGCAAUGGGUGUUGCCAUAUUGUUUAUUUUAUUAUCAUUUAUUUUACUAUCAAUAUUGAUUAAUGUCUUCAUGAAAAUGUAGACUUAGCUAUAUUAGAUAUCAAAAAAUAAAUUCUAUUUAUUUGUUUAUAUUUUCAUGGAUUCAUUUUUAUGUCUAGUUAUUAUUAUUGUUCCUUUUUAAGAGAAUAUGUUUUAAUUUAUAGUUUUAAUUAGCUUAUACUGUUAUUCGGCGAUGUUGAUACAUUGCCAGCCAGUUAUAAAUAUAAGUGUUUGAUUCUAUGUUUAAAUAGAAUUAAAAAAAAAAACUUUAAUUGAGGUGCGUAGAUGUUUUAAAGAUUAAGUUAUCAUUACAUAAUAAGAUUGGCGGGAGAAUGAAUGUCUUUUUUUUUUUAAUAAAAUUCUUUUGAAUUUUUUCUGACUAAAGUAUAAAAACACGUCGGAUUAAUAUUAAUUAAUGUUUUUGUUAUGGAUUUGUGGUGUUUUAAGUUAUUAUUGUGUAAUAAUAUUAUAUUAAAGAUCUGUUUGUCGGUUAAGGUUACUUGUGGGAAAAAGAUGGAUAUACUAGUCUCGUCCGCAUGCGUUUCAUUUGUUCAGUGUUGCCUGAAUGCUACAUAUUUUUCUACUCCAAAUUUUUAUUUUUUUUUAAUCACAAGCUUGAGUAGGUUUUCUUUACUACGUUUUACUGUAUCAUCACCAGAAUGGUGAAAAACCAUCCUCUACGCUAACGUUUUACCACAUGUCGCCUACAUUAGUAUAUUCUAUGUUGACUACAAUUGAUAAAUUCCAAAAUUCUCAAAUUAUUUACCCAAAUUUUUCCACGUCCAAUUUAUUUUUUUGCUAUAUUAGUGUUGACAUCAGCACUGUCUUUUGGUCGAGUCAAUUGUUCGUUUAAAAUUAUACAAACUUACAUUUUCGUUGGUUUUUCUUGAAAAAAAAUUUUAACAUUAUGCAAUAAUAUUGCAGAAUAUAAGGGACAGGUUGUCAAAAACAAAGUGGACAUUCAUUUCGGAAAAUUUCAAACUUUUCCCUGUAUUUUUCAUUUAAAAUCAUUUAAUCAUGUAUUAAAAUCCUAUCGCCACACACGGAAUCAGCUGUGUAAAAUCUACGCCACAAACAUACGAAAAAUACCUACGAAGAAGCGCGCGCUGUAGAUAUCACGUGUCAUGUGGAUUGUAAAAUUUCAAAUACAUUGCGCCGCGUCAAAACUAAAAAUCGUUAAUCAAUAUGGCUGUGGUGCAUUUCCGGUGGGAAAAUAGUCUGCCAUUUGAUACAGACUUUCUGAAUUAGCUGUUUUCGUUUUGGCCAACCUGUCCCUUCCGUUCUGUGUAAAUCGACAAAUAUAAAAACUUUUUUAUUUUA